GAAGACUCCCUCCACUUCCUCCUCAUGUCUGGGCCACAAGGCGCUCGAGUUCUCAAGUACGACGUAGGAAGGCAUUACCUCUCUUUGAUCGUCCUGCCGGCAGCGGCGGCUGUUUACGACCGGGGCACCCUUCUCAUGGCAACAGAGGAUGGAAGGCUGGGAGUCGCCCACCUGGACAAGCUCAGCCUUCACCUGUGGUCAAGGGAGGUGGGUCCUGACGGAAUUGCAGCAUGGACAGAACAUAGAGUCAUUAAUCUCAUACCGUUUCUCCCCAUUGGAGAUCCUGCGAUCAAAGUGGAGUUGAUUGGCUCCGUGGAGGGUGCCAAUAUCAUCUUCGCCACCACAGCUCUUGGUGUCUACGCUAUUGAUCUCAAGUUGCUGCGGUCAAGAAAGUUAUGUGAAGGACAAGACAUUCGGCCCCUCUUCCCCUUCAUGAGCUUUUACAAUCCACCAGAAAGGCAAACUGGAGCAAGUUUUCCGGCAGGGGCAUCGGUUGCUGCGCGUCACCUGUGAUGUGUUGGACAGACCCCAGUUGUGCGUCUCACCAAUAAGAUGGAUAAUCUCAUAG